AAGUAGAAUAUGACGAUGGAUUUACAAUUGGCUUUAUUUAUACUGGCACUGUUGGCCGUGUGCCAAGCGGACACCUUAGUGCAGCUGCAUGUGAAUCGUCCCUAUAACGAUGUCAGCGAGAAGUUUGUGAGCUUUGCCGUUAGGCCGGAGGAUCUGUACGAUGCACUGGAUGGUAAGAAUCGGAAGGCAGUAACAAGCAUGGCCGCCCUGCUGGAAGAUGCGUAUGUUAAAUUUGUGGGUGACUUUUACUUUGCCACGAAUGCCCCAAAACGCCUACGCAAUCCCACCAAGAUCAUAUGGAAGGGCUUCAACCGCUGGACGAGCGCUGUGAAUUGGACCAUGAUUAUACCGGUGCCAUAUGCGCCCGAUGAGUGGGACUCAAUGCAUACGCUGAAAAUACUAAACUCCUCCUAUAUGGUUGGCAUUACGGACUGUAUUUGGCAGCUGGGCACCGACUUUGGCACAUCGCGCGCCAAGGAUUAUGUCCAGGAGUUGACCACACUGAAACUGAUGACGGACACCUUCAGUCCCUACGUGGAUAGCUGGCGUGUUAUGGGAGCCGAUAUUUCAGCGGGUAGCAGCGCUGAGGAAACACGCAAAUAUGUGGAUAUGUCCAAGGACCUGAAUGCUGCUUUUGGCUGGACACAGCCUGCCAACAUGUUGCCCACCAGCAGUUUAGGUAGCUAUAUUUUCGACAGUGACCCGGCAUUGAGGACGUUGCGGCAACAGCGUGUGCCCUUGUGGUUGACACUGCCGGAGGAGCGAUCUCGGUCACAGUCCAUAAGCAAGCGACUUGUUGGUGAUGAGACAACGGAUGCGCUACGUUGGGCACAGACGUUGGGAGAUGCGGCGAGUGGAGGCUUUGAUGUGGUCUUCAAGCGCAUGACUCUCGAGGAUUUUGAGCGGCCUAACUUCAGCUACUAUGUGACUGCACUUUUUAAGAAGGUGAUGGGCUCCCGGGUGUUUCCAGCACGCCCCUUGAAUGUCGUCUUGCCCAGCAAUAAACUGUACACACAUUGUGCCAACGCCAUGUCUGGUGGAUUAGCAUUCAUGGUGGUCAACACGGAAGAGCAGCCAUUGACGAUAACAGUGCGCAGCACAAGUCGUCUGUCCAGCAGCGAUAUCUGGCAAUAUGUCCUAACUGGCGAGGAUGGUCGCGUUCGUUUGAACAACCUGAAGUUAUCGGUGAACUCCACUCUGCGUCCGCUUGUCAAGUCCAAGGACGCCACUAAGUCGAUACAGUUGAUUACACCCAGCAUGUCAGUUGGCUUUUGGGUGCUGCCCAGCGUCGAUCUGGAGCACUGCCAGUAUUCCGAAAUCGAAGCAGAUGAAACAGAUGCCAGCUCGGAGGCCUCAUCUGAAAAGGGCCGUUCUAGCGGCUACAGCUCAGCAGAUCGACUUCUCCAGCGACUUAUCGAGGAGACCGCUGUGGCGCGAGGAUCCCUGCAGAGUACCAUCAAUCGCAAUCGUCGCUUUGUCUUGGAUAACCCGGAUACGGCGGAAAUGCCUGGAUCAUUGCUCGGUAGGUUGCUGCAACCUUUAAGUCUGGCCCAAGAGAAGCCAGUGGCAGUUUCGCCAAUCAAGCGUCAGGUGGAUGCAGAGCCCAAGUCAAAUUCGCUAUCGGUGCACCCAUGUAAGGCAAUGGCUUGGCUAAGAAAUGUAAUGGAGCAGUCGCGGGAGGUGUCGCAACGAAAUGGCCGCAGCAGACGCAGUGCAUCCGACUCUGAUGGACCCUUCUUCUACAAUCGCAACGGCAAAAAGACAACGUUGACGAAGAAGAUAACAGAGAUUCGCAAGCCGGAGCGCAAGGUCAAGCCGCUCUUUGAUCUAGCCGAGUUUGACGAAGAGGAGUUCUUCAAAAAAAUGGGUGAGCAGCCGGAACCACCACCAUAUAGCCGGUUGCCCGAGGGCGAUGUGCAUUUGAAGCACAUCGAAACACCCGACGGCGAAGAAAGUGAAAUGCAGCCGGAACCUGAGCAGAUCCCAAAGAAGAAGCGCCGACCAUCAUUUAGAAAGCAGCUUAAAAUUGUGCAACGCUCACAGGAAGAAAGCGACGAGGAUCUGCCAGAGCCAUCCAAGGAAAAGUUGCGUCUGCUGCCCACGGAAUUUAUUGCGGCUUUGCCAGCGCCGACAAAGAAGAGUGGUAAACGUUUGAAUUUGGGCGCCACAUUGAACUCUCUGCUCUUUCCAGAACCCUUCUCAAACAAGGGUACCAAAGCCAAGAACCAAGCCACAAGCAAGUCUCAAGAGCAAUUAGAGCCCGAUGUAGAGCCAAUCGAAGGGGAUGGCUAUAAGAAGCGCUCAGCUAAGAUUGGCAAUGUGGCCAACGACUUUUGGCAGGCGCAACGCGAACUCGGCAAACACUUUUUUAGCCACAUCAAUGAACACGAGCACGAGUUCGCACUGGGCGAUGAGAAUAUGCGGGAAACCUCGCUCGAGACGGACACCUUGAAGAGGGAAGGUAAGGCUAAGCCUUCCGCACAGACGUUGCAUGCCAAUGACAAUGAAGAGGAUUACUUCGGUGCCAAGACGACGACGGAAAGAGCGCCAGCUCCAGUGCCUGCACCCAAGCGACUGAAAAUGAAGAUCCCCAACAAGGGCAUCCCAUCCUGGUGGGAUAUGCCGGCACUGAGACCUCGUCGUGCGCUGCCCUUUAGCUAUGACGACGACUCGCUUAACACUAAUGUAAUCCACAAGGAUGAUCAGCAGGAACUAUUGCCGCUGGGACGCUAUUCGAUGUAUGAGUACAAAGUGGAUUUGCCAACGAUGACGCCACCCACGACACCCAAGGAGUCUACAAUCAUGAAGAUCAGUGCCACCAAAGCACCAGCAUCGACGUGUAAAAAGGUCACGCUCUCAGAUAAGAUAGUGACCACCGUUAAGUCCAAGGUGUCCAAGUUUAUGAGCAUCAUCUCACGCCAUAUGAAUGAGUGGUACAACACAUUGACGAAACACUUGGAUGGUGAUCCGGGAAAACCGCGUAAUCAAAGCAACGAAGGUGCGAAUGCCAUAGACAAAUAGAUAUCCAUCAUAAGUUGAAACAUUAAUUGGAGUUUCGAGUUUGCGAAAUCUUUGACACUUUAUGUAAAUAUGUAUUUAUGUACAAUUCUAUUAUAUAAAUCUGGAAACGACAAAAGUUGAUUAUUCUAUUAUUUGCGAUAUUAAUAAGUAAUUAAUCA